AUGUAGAAGACAGAAAAAGUUUGUUAAAACUGCGGUUAUAUUCAUGUUGGUUUAUGCGCAGCAAACACUACAGAUUUUAUAUGGAAAAACGGCGGAAACGUGGUAUUUCUAACAGGUUCAUGGAAUUAAUGGCAAACAUCAAUAAAACUCAAUAAAUAAAAUGAGAAUCCUUACUAUUUUACAUGUACGAUGAGCUUACAAGCAGGGACAUAUUAAUAUAAAUUCAUAGUAGAUGGUAAAUGGACAUAUGAUUAAUCGUCGCCUUCAGCAGAAGAUGGUUUUGGAUCUUUUAAUAAUGUUAUUGAAGUCGUCCCUCGUUUAGUCGUUUAUGACGAGACUGAAGAAAGUGAAGAAGACGAGAGAAUCUUAAAAUAAAUAGAAGGUAAUUAAAAUAAAACUUAAGAGCAAAUGAAUAUUGAUAAUUGGGACUAUGGUGGUAGACUUGUAAAAAUUACAACAACUCUUGAAGCUCCUGAUAUUAAAAUCAAGGGCUCAUGGGACAAUUGGCAAGCUGAUUAAAAGAUGAUAAGACAAUUUAACAAUUAUAAAAAUAAUUAUGAGAAUAUCACGAAAUUAAAAUUAAAGCCUGGUCGUUAUGAAUUUAAGUUUAUGUGUAAUGGAAUAUUCAUGCAUGAUCCCAAUCAAAAAUGCAUUAGAAAUCAAUACGGAACUUACAAUAAUAUUAUUUAUGUAGAAUAACCAUCUUCUUCAUUAGUAAGCUAUAGCAACGCUAUGCUUAAUAGCAUGUCAAAAAUAAAGUAGCCUGAGUUAGAUUGCACUCGCUUGGUUUGGAAAUCACUGUAAUUUUAGCAUGUAUCUUGGGAGAAAAUGAGAGGUCAAAUUCAAGGACAUUCAAUGAACAGAGUUGGUGAUUAUAUCUAUAUAUAUGGAGGAUAUAGAGGAAGCUACUUAGAUACUAUGUGGGAAAUGAAUAUUAAUACAUAUGAAGUUGAUAUUGUUGAUACCAAAGGGUCUGCGCCAGAGGAGAGAGCUUAUCACUAGAUCAACAAUUUUGGUAAUAAAUUGCUAAUGUAUGGUGGAUUAAAUAACGAAAGAAUUCUAAGAGACUAUUAUGUUUACAAUACUAGUACAAGAUCUUGGGAUGCAGCAGAUCUUAGAGGCAUAAAGCCAUCUAAAAGAGAAAAAAAUACACUCUCCAUUUUGGGCAAAAAAGCACUUAUAUUGUUUGGAGGUUAUUAUUGCAGUGAAGAUUUUGAAGCUGAAUUCCAUUAUAAUGACCUUUAUUGCUUAAAUCUUUAAAAUUUGACUUGGACAGAGCUCAGACCUGAAUCUGUGUUACCAGAACCCAGAUUCUCACAUAGCGCAAAUAUUUAUAAACAUAGAAUGUUUGUAUUCGGUGGUAUGUAAAAAAUAAUGGCUUCCCCAGCUAAAAACUUCAACGAUGUUUGGAUGAUUGAUUUGGAACCAGUAGAAACUGAGCUUAAAUGGGAAAAUCUAACUCCUUUCAUAAAAGGAUAGCCUCCUGCUCCUAGACAUGGGCACAUUUCCGUGUUAGUGAGAAAGAAAAUUCUAAUUUUUGGUGGAAGAGGUGAAAACAAGCAACUUUAUAAUGAUACUUUUGUAUUUGACACAAAAAAUAGAGAAUGGAUAAAACCUUAAAUAGAAGGUGAACCACCAAGACCCAGAUUUUAUCAUGCAGCCUGCCUUACUGAUAAAGAAAUAGUUAUUUUUGGUGGUAAUUUAACUCUCGGUUAAACUGGUAUAAAGUAAAAAAAUAAAAGUGUUUAUAUACUCAAGUUUGAGGAAGAUAAGAAAGACUAAGGAAAUAAAAAAGUUAAAAAUGGGUUUAGAGAAGGUGAGAGUGACGAAGAUGAGUAUGGUGAAGAAUAAAAGAACAAUUGA